CACUAGCGGUAUAAACAAAGUUAAAGUUCAUCAUAAUUUUUUCUUACAAAACUCAAAGAAAGAAAAUUUGUUCAAAGGCGAGAAGAUUUAUUUAUUUACUCGAAAAUAAAAGAAAAUGGGUCUUCUCACGAAUCCAUCUCUUAACCAGAGGAGCAAAUUCGGUCGCACCUUAAUAAGACACAAUAGGAAAAUAUGUUUUGUUCUCUACUUAGCCGGCCUAGUGUGGUUCGUCUGCUUGGGUCAUCCAGAUUUUAAUCAUUCGACUUAUUUAUCAGAAAACGCCUUAUCGCCAGGUUUGGUCUAUUCUGAGUUGAAACCUGAUUCGGGAAGAUUAGCGCAGACUUUGUUGGAAGAGUUGAAAAGGGAACGAGAAGAUCAUCGGUCUAAUAUGCCUUAUGCUUGGAUUCAAGCUAAAAUGAAGCAAAUCGGUUUGGAGACCCAUGUUCAUAACUUCACAUUAAAUUAUCCGUUUGGGGGAGGGAAGGUCUUUCAAGGGAAGAACGUCUAUGGGAUACUUCGUGCUCCUCGAAUCGGUUCAACUGAAGGGAUUGUCUUUUCAGCACCAUACCGCCCUCCGAACUCCGUUCACGCUGACAUAACUCCCAGUGUUCCACUUCUCUUGGCCUUCGCAGACUUUGCUAGGAGAAAGAACUACUGGGCAAAGGAUUUGAUAUUUUUGGUUACCGAACAAGAACAGUUGGGUGUUCACGCGUGGCUCGAGGCUUACUACGGUGGAGGCAUGGGCGAUAAAUCAGUGUUGAACAGUGGCAAUCUCCCUGCCAGAGCUGGAGCUCUCCAAGCAGCCUUAAAUUUAGAAAUUCAGGACUUCGAUGCAGAAUACAUCGAUGUCAAAAUAGAAGGCCUUAACGGUCAACUACCAAACCUGGAUAUGUUCAAUCUCGUGCAGCGGUUAACUGUUCGCGAGGGAAUAUCAUCGGGCUACAAACAAAUUCCAAGAAAGAAGCGCAAGGCAUCCCAGACCACCGUUAAGGAAAACCUCAAGAAUAUCCUCGCAAUGAUUUCCAGUCAGGCGAAUGGUGUUCCAACUGGAAAUCACGGGCUCUUCCAUCGGCAUCGCAUUGAAUCACUCACACUUGAAGCCGUAAAAGGAAGUUCCACUAGCAACACGAACAGUAGGAAUAUUGCUGCUGCAGUUGUUCUCUUGAAAACCGUCGAGGGAAUCUCGAGGAGUUUGAACAACCUUCUCGAGCGAUUCCAUCAGAGUUACUUCUUCUACAUUCUCGUCCAAAAUGACCGAUUCAUCUCGAUCGGAGACUUUAUGCCAUGUCUGGCUCUGAUGGCUGGUCCUCUGUACAUCAAAGCUUUCCUUCUCUGGCUGAAUCUGAACAGUGCCGAAGAUGAUGACACCGAUGAUUCGGAGAAGAAGCAAAAGUCUAAGGAGCAUGAAAAAGAAUUGCCAUACAUAAAAGUCUUGAUAUUUAUGGGUAUAGUGGCGUUGCUUGGAAUUGUGGCCAACCUGCUGCCACUCAACAAAUCUCUGGGCAAUUUCUUUGCCGAGAAUGACAUCUCCACUCCCAUUGGUGUGACUUUCUUCCUUUCGUUUGUCACAGUUCUGGGCUUCUUUAUGCCAUUUUUCAUCCACUUGGACCAGGCUGGUUUGGAAUUGCUGCACGUUGGGUCGCUUUUAGCGAUGGGAUCGGCGCUUCUUGUAAUUGGAUUGCUCAAUUUUGCUUUAGGGUUUUUCAUUGCUGUAGCAAGCUGUCCUCUGGCUAUUCUCAUCAAUACGAAACAUGGAAAUUCUGCCAAGCUCUUCACUACUCUCUACACAUUCCUGCUCAAUCCUCUGUUUGUUAUCUAUUUGCAAGUUUUGAUUCUCACCAUGUCAGCAUUCCCAGAACUCUCAUUAAGCAAUGUGUGCUUCAAGGCUUUAAAUGCAUCAAUGGAUGCCAUAACUUAUGGAUUAGUUGAUUCUAUUAUUUAUGGAAAUUGGCUGUUUACAACAUUGACAAGUGUUUGUUUCCCCAUUUGGAUUCUGCUUUGGUCUCUGAACCUUGUUUCCGAUGAUCUAAGUCAUUCCAAGUCUAAAAAACUCAAAAUGAACUAAUUUAUUUUUGUAUUACAAACUUUA